CAAGGCGGACAGUAAUAGCAUGGAUCCUGAAGGUGAGGCGGAUACACGGCCACUUCUCUGUGUAGACUGGAAGAGUUACAAGCUCCUACAGGACCCGGCCACCCGCAGGGUUGCUCGGAAAAUCUACAGAUUCGAUGGGAUUUACUUCAGCGAGCCGGACUCGGAGUUUACGCCUGUGGGGGAGUUACGUGACCCUCGGCCGAGAAGGAUCUGGUCCAGACCGAGGGAGAUAUCGCUUCCUUUACCUAAAUUUAAGUUGGAUGAGUUCUACGUGGGUCCGAUUCCGCUGAAAGAGGUGACCUUCGCCCGGCUGAAUGACAACAUCAAGGAGCCGUUCCUGUUGGAGAUGUGCACCAAAUUUGGUGAGGUGGAGGAGAUGGAGAUCUUGUUUCACCCCAAGACCCGCAAGCACUUGGGCCUGGCCCGUGUCCUCUUCAGCAGCACCAGGGGAGCCAAGGACACGGUCAAGCAUCUGAACAACACGUCCAUUAUGGGCAACAUAGUCAACGUCCAGCUCGACAUUAAAGGCCAGCAGAGGAUGAAGUAUUACGACCUGAUCGUCAACGGCACGUACACCCCACAGACGGUGCCGACAGGAGGCAAAGCCUCCACGGAAAAGUUUCAGCCCCCUGCUCCAGCCCAGCCCGAUACAUCCUCUGAUAUCAGACGGAAGCUCUCUACAGAUCAGAUGCCGGUGGACCCUGGUGUCGGGGAGCAACGUCUGGACACUCCUCCGUCCUCCCUCGGCGGACCCUACACCCCCGGGUCUUCGUGUUCCUCACAGGGAGGUGGCACCCCCUACACGUCACGCUCUGGGACCCCCUUUUCCCAGGAUUCAGGCUACUCUGGGAGCAGGACUGCAGGCUACACCGGCGGUCCUCUGGGCAGCGGUUACCCCCAGCAGGACAUGCUUCCUUCCUCCUCCUGCUCCUCCGCUGCCGUGUCCUCGUCAUCCGGGUUCAAGCCCAAUCGUUAUCACGACGACCCUCAAGGAGUUCCCCCUCAGGACCCCUCCAUGUACCAGCGAGGGCGUCCUGGUUUCCCCCCUCCACCGAACUUUCCUCCGUACCACAAUGCAGGCGGCCCAGGGAUGCACGCGCCCCAGCACCCACCCGUGCCCCCAUCGGGCUCCAUGUACGACUCUCCGCCUGUGAGCGAGAGAGACCGGGAGAGGGACAGAGAUCGGGACAGAGGGCCUAGAGACAGGGACAGAGAAUUCGUGCGCUACGGUGGCCCCCGGCGCUCCUCCUACCACCAACAAGACGGCAACACGUCCUCGUCGUCCAAGUCCUCGCACCACUCUCACCAUCGGGAGGAGCGGGACGGCAGGCAGUAUCGGCGCGACAGCUCGGGAUCCAGAGAGCACGGGAGGCACCGGAAUCACCACCACUCGCAUAAUCACCACGGCAGAAGAAGGGACAGUCGAGACCGAGACGGGGACUACGGCAACGGCGCGGACCCGCGCCACAGAGGCCACGCCAACUCCAGCCAUCGUGCCUCCAACAGUCAUUCUCCUCCACCUCCGUCGUACAGCUACAAUUCCUCUAAAGACCUGCCCGCUCACAACACUCCGUCUUCAUCCCGCCUCGACCCGUCUCCUCCCGUCAGGUCAGAAGAAAGGCCGGCCGCAGGUGCGGACAGUGACUACCGCUCCCAAGCCCGUCAUACACCUUUGCAGCCCCCGCCUCCACCUCCUCCGCUGCCCCCGGCCUCUGUGAUCGCUGCGGCCGUAGCCGAGACGCUCGGCUCGCUGGACUACGGCCAGGACAGCCCCGUCCGGGAGGACCAAUGGAGCAAACCGAAACGACGCCCCAGCACCCCUCCGCAGCCUCCGCGCACCCCUCCGCCGUCCUCCCCUCCUCACGCGUCCGUUCCGUCGUCGUCCACGUCUCCAUCCUCCACCUCCCUGACUCACCACCUUCCCGUAUCGAACGUCUCGCUCGACUCGCCCGGCGCGAACCGCGGCGACUCCUCUCCGGAGCCGGACUCCACCAACGAGAGCCUGCCGUUCACGCACCACUCCAGCAGCCUGGACUCGCGCAUCGAGAUGCUGCUCAAGGAUCAGAAGUCCAAGUUCUCCUUCCUCGCCUCUGACGACGAGGAGGACAAGAAGGAGGAGAACCGGCAGGAAAACAGCUCGAGGAGGCAGAGGGACGAGGCCAGAGACACGGACCGGCACCGGAGGGAUUCACGGAGGAAUAAGGGGAGAAAAGCAGGAGCCGGGGAGGGAAGGAAGAGCCCCACGGAGGCGCCCUCUAAUGGAGCUUCAGUGUCGGAAUCUAUACAGGGUCAGCAGCUUCCCUCUCAGGGACACACGGGCUCGGACGCACAGAGAAUCACGGGCGCACACACACCACCUUCCUACAACGGGGAGGGAAAGUCCCCUCAUUCCUCUGGGGAGGACAUGGAGAUCUCGGACGAAGACGACAGUUGCAUCACCGCAGUGACUCCUCACCAUGGAUCCUCUCCCGCCUCCUCAGCUCAGCCGGCGUUGCCCUCUCAGGCCUCGGACCCCGCGGCCGGCACCCCCGACAGCACACAGCACUUCAACGCCUCCAUACCGCCUCCUCACAUCCCGUCCUUCCCUCCUCACCUGCCCCCUCCUCCCCCGCCCGGCUUCUCCCUCCAGCCUCCUCCCCCGCCCGGCAUCCCCCCUCCAGUGCCUCACAUGGAGCACCACCCGGAGUUCCCGCCGCCUCCUCACAUGUACGACUACGCCAGCUCCAUGGAGCUCAUGAGCCAGUACGGCGGCACGUCCUUCCAGAUGCAGGCUCACCUGCUCAGCCGCCUGCACCAGAUGCGCGAGAAGCACGCCACCGGCUCCGAGUACGCUCCUUCUUUCCACCUGCAUUCCAUGCCUCCUCCGCCUCCCCACGCGCCGCCUCCCCACCACCCCUACAUAGACCAAGACGGUACCGCGGGGAACCACUACGACCAAGACCACCGUUACAUGCCCCCACACAUGCCCACGUACCCGUACCCGGAGCCCCACGCUGGGCAGCUUCCCCCUCCCCACCCGCACAACAUGCCUCCGCCCCCUCCCGAUGCCUGGCCCCCACACGUCCUACCGCAGCACUUUCCCUCGCACUACCCCCCUCCCGGCUAUGGAGCUGUGCCCGGUCCGGAGGGCGAGCAGUUCCCGAUGCCUGCGGUGACCCAGAACCCACACGAGGUCACGGUCCAACUGGUCCUGGGCGCCCUCAUCGAGGAGAUGAAGAACACCAUGCAGAGGGACUUGAACCGCAAAAUGGUGGAGAACGUGGCGUUCGGGACCUUCGACCAGUGGUGGGAGCGCAAAGAGAGAAAAGCCAAGCCUUUCCAGACGGUGAUGAGAAGCGUGACGGAAGAGAAGAAAGACGAGAAAGCCAACAGUCGGGCACGCGAGCCUUUAAUGUCUCUGGUGGACUGGGCCAAGAGUGGUGGCGUGGAGGGCUUCUCUAUGCUCGGGUCUCUGCGUCUGCCGUCUUUUAAGGUGAAAAGAAAAGAACCUCAGGAAUUUGAUGAGGACGCUUCACUAAAAAGAGCCAGGCCUUCAACUCCACCUGACGAGGAAGAUGAAGACUCGUACCAGGGUAAAGAUGCAGACGGCGUCAGUCGGCCGGAGGAGAACCGCGUGGCCGAGCGAGAGGCAGCCAAACGGAGGAAGAGGCCGAAGCCUCGUAAACCCUACGACCUGGACAGUGAAGGAGAGGAGACGUCGGACGAAUCUUCUUCCGGGAAGGAGGAGGAUGACAGUGAAAAAGAAGAAUCAGAGGACGAAGCGGCCAGCGCAGACAGUGAUGACGAGCGCGUCUCCUCUUCGUCCGAGAGCUCGUCGUCCUCUUCCUCCUCCACCUCGUCCUCCUCAGACGAGGAUGACGACGACGACGAGGAAGACCUGGAGCAGCCAGAGGAGAGCGAAAGCUUGGACACGAUGGACGAGUCCACCAUGGACAGCGUGGCCGUGGAAACGGAGAAGGAAAAGGAGAAAGAAAGUGUCGUUCAGGUAUCACACGUGAGUCCUCCGGCAGAGGUUAAACCAGAAAAAAAGUUGAACCCAGCGGUGCCUACAGGUCGUCGGCCACCGUCCCCGCCUUGCCCCCGACCGUCCUCUCCCAUCCUGCCCCCUCUGAAGAAGCGUCGCAAGACGGUGUCCUUCACCACGGAGGAGAGCGAAGCCAAACCCCCCAUCACGCCGUCUGCUGGGCCGCUUUCUCCAUCGUCAUCCUCCGCAGCUUCUCCGUCUCUUCUGCUCUCUCCUGUCAAGUCACAACCUCCAGAUCAGCUCAUUUCAUCGUCUCCCGCGGCCACGCCCGCCAGCGCCGCACCACCUGCAUCUACCAAGCCCGUCCCCAUUCUCUGCCCCUUCGCUACUCGGCCGGACAAAGCCGCUCUCCCGUCGUCCUCGCCUUCCGACGUCCUCACCGUGCCUCCUCCGGUGCGCUCCCUCCGUCCGGAGGAGCCCAGGAAGAGUCCUCAGCCGACCCACGCCAAGUCCCCUUCCAAACGAGCGAGUGGCAAAGAAUCCCCCCGAGUCACUCCCGCUGCCCCCGUAUGCCUUACAGUCCAGAAUCUCCCGAUGGACCACGCCUCGCUGGUCAAGGUGGCCUACGAGGAACCGGCCCCGGCCGCGCCGAAUCAGAAGGGGCGCGCCCGGGGCAGAACCCGCACGUCCAGCCAGUCGGCGCUGUCGUUGCUGGAGGGGCACGAGGACGACGGAGAGACGCACCCCGAGGCGCCCGACCUCUCCGUGCUGGCUCGCGUGGCCUCCGAAAUGGACGCAGACGAGGAGAUCGACUCGGAGGAGACCGAGACGUCGGACGAGGCCGAGGAACACAAGCAAGACGAGGACGAGGAGGCCUGGCUGCUCAGGGUGGAUCCGGGCGGCCUGUUCGUCCUGCAGGAGCACAACUACACCAGGUCGCCCUCCCGCCUGGUUCCUGCUCCGCACUCGGCCACCCAGAAGAGGACGAAACAGGACGGCGGCGUACUGCUCCCCUCAGAUUUCAACCAGCACUGCGUUCAGGAGGCGCCGGAGGAGGUCAUCGGGGACUUGGUUGAGCACAAGGCUCUGGGCGGCCUCUCCGGGAUGGGGCUGGUGGGCGAGGCCGGAGAAUCCGGGGCUCUCGGUACUUCUCCUAAGAAGAAAGGUCCUUUCAAAAGGGAAGAGGAGCUGGAAAAAGAGAGGAGUAAAAAGAGGAGUAGGAGUCAUAAGGAGAAUGUGGAAAUUCAGCCUGCAAAAAGGCAGAAGGAGGAGCAUGGCAAGAAACAGAGGAGGGGGAAGUUAGAGGACCGCGAGGACGACGUGGACGUGGAACAGCUGGAGACGGGUGGCAUGUCCAGCUCCAGCUCGGAAUCGGCCGACUCCGACUUCGGCCCGGACGAUCACCAGGGCUUCGAGAAGGAGGAGGUCAGGAAGAGCGAGCGGCUCUUCCUCCAGGAAGCGGGCGUCACCCCGUCCACCCAGAGGAAACCCGGUCGGGCUCUGACGCUGCCACCGCCGCACACGUACAAGCAGCGCAGCGAGUUCGAACAGAUGACCAUCCUGUACGAUAUCUGGAACACCGGCCUGGACCAGGAGGACAUGAAGCUGCUGAGGGAGACCUACGAAAAGCUGCUGCAGAAAGAUCAGAACACCGACUGGCUCAACGAUACGCACUGGGUUCCUCACACUAUCACCAACCUCCGAACGCCGCGGCGUAAGAAGAAGGCGCCGGACGCGCAGCUGAGGGAACACGUCACGGGCUGCGCGCGUAGCGAGGGCUACUACGCCAUCAGCCGCAAAGAGAAGGACGUCUACCUGGAGCUGGACCUUCCCCAGACCAAGAGGGAAGCUGGGGAUUUCGACACCGCGGGUUCAAACCGGCUGCUGGCUGAGCGGCGCUCGGAGCAGAGGCGGCUCCUCAGCGCUAUCGGCACGCCGGCGGUGAUGGACUCCGACCUGCUCAAACUCAACCAGCUCAAGUUCCGUAAAAAGAAGCUGCGCUUCGGCCGCAGUCGUAUCCACGAGUGGGGGCUGUUCGCCAUGGAGCCCAUCGCGGCCGAUGAGAUGGUCAUUGAGUAUGUGGGCCAGAACAUCAGACAGAUGGUGGCUGACACUCGGGAGAAACGCUACGCUCAGGAAGGGAUUGGCAGCAGCUACCUGUUCCGCGUCGAUCACGACACCAUCAUCGACGCCACCAAGUGUGGUAACCUGGCGCGCUUCAUCAACCACUGCUGCACACCGAACUGCUACGCCAAGGUGAUCACCAUCGAGUCCCAGAAGAAGAUCGUCAUCUACUCCAAGCAGCCCAUCGCCGUGAACGAGGAGAUCACGUACGACUAUAAAUUCCCCAUAGAGGAGAACAAAAUCCCCUGUCUGUGCGGGACGGAGAACUGCCGAGGAACGCUCAACUGAAACCCCGCGACAGACCGAGACCCUCCUGCACAAUCGAGUCGGCCGAUCGGCGAUCGGCUCAUCUCGGUGGCCCCCAGACCGCAGCAGCACCCGGCGCACGAGGGAAUCAGUUCUAAGCCCUCGGCCUGCUGUAGGUAUCGAUACAGACGAUCGGUUCACUUCCUGUUAGAUGCCGAGACGCCGCCGCUGUAGUUCCUCCUGCAGUAGCGCACACAAUUUCUCAUGUAGUGCCAGAGAAGUAAAAAAAAAAAAAAAAAACAGUUUAGAUGAAGAUUAUUUCUCUUUUUCUCUGGUUUCCCCCAAAUUUUUGACAUAUGAAAGAUGCUUUUUUAUUUUGAACCAAAAUACCAGUGCGUAAAUACCCAAACUAAACAACAGAAACAUCCCAGCUUGUGGUGUUUGUGGUGUCCACUGCCUGUUUUACGGGAAGCUACAAAAAAAAAGUCCAGCAAGCCUAAAUGUCAUCAGUACUUCUGUUUAAAUCAUUACUGAAUUUCCUUGUGUCCUCCAGAAAAGUUUUAUUGGGCAAGUUCCUAAUUACAACCCCCCCAACAAAAUGCCAAACUGGUUGUAUUGAUACUGGUGGUAUUUUGGAGUCUGGAGGCUUAUGUAUGAAUCCAGACAAUGACGACCUUUGGUCUCGUGGAAGCAUGUUAGCCCUUGCUGUACUCGGUUGCCCAAGUUGUCAGCUUCCAUAACAUAGUUGGCAUUGCUGGUGCUUGGGUGGCACAAUGGUCUAACGGGGCUAACACACCACUGAGUUGGAAUCUCAGCAGAGCCACCGACCCGGUCAGGCCUCCAGACAAACCUCAGUGGGCACGGCUGCUGUGAUACGUGACCGGUCCGGGCGCCUGCGCGGGUUUGAGGGGAAGGGGGGGG